CAAACACUACUUUUCUAAUCUAUUUUUCUUAAGCAGCUCAGGCUUGUGUUUUUUUUCAGCCGAUAAAACCCCCACAUCGCCACCACUUUCAGAGCCCUUUUUCAAUCAUCUUCAAAAUCUCUCCUACUCUCCCUUCUUCUUACAACAACAAAAAGAAAAAUGUCGAAUAUGUUCUUGAAAAUGUUUCAUCUCUGCUUCACAAAUCUUAAAUCAAUGGACGAAUCUUCAAUCUUACUCCCAUCAUCAUCAAUAAAACAAGAUCCUUCAUCGUUUCCCAAGAACUUUAACUCCCUUUACGACCUUUCAACAUCAUCAGCUUCCACUUCCCUUUUAACACCUUCCGUUCGCACCACCGAUUCCGACUCCGACGCCGACGCCACACCUGAUUUCGCCACCGUAUACGCUUCCCACCGUUUCUUCUUCUCUUCUCCAGGUCGUUCUAACUCCAUCAUCGAGUCACCCGAUACAAGGCCCGAAGCUGAACCUAACACCGAGACGACGACCGAAACACCGCCUCAACCACCGCCGAUGGACGGUGGCGUUGCUGUCAAGAAAUACUCGCCGGACCCAUACAGAGAUUUCAGGUUUUCAAUGCAAGAAAUGAUCGAAGCGAGGAACUUAACCGAUGUGAACAAAGACUGGGACUUCCUGCAUGAACUACUCAUCUGUUACCUUACUUUAAACCCCAAAAACACCCACAAGUUCAUCGUUAGUGCUUUUGCUGAUAUCAUUGUCUGUCUACUCUCAUCGUCGCCGGAAUCCGAUACACCCGAAAACCACCGCCGGUGAUUCUCUUUUUUUUUAUCCUUUUCAUUAAUUCCUAGUAAAAAUAGUUAAUAAUUUAGAAAAAGAAAAUGAAAGAUAUUGGCGGUUGUUUUUGUUCUUUUUUGGACUUUUGUUGCAUGGGAUGUUGAUGUCUCGAGCCACUGUCAUUUGGCUAUGUUAUAUAUAUAUAUAUAAAUGUUUUGCACUUGGUGUAAUUUUUUUUUGGUUAAAAGUCUGUGUACUUCUUGAAAAUUAAGAA